AUGCACAUGUGCCAGGAAGCGAUCGACGAGGAACGCGGUGCAAAAGUCGAGGAGAAUGCGGAGCCACUGGACCACCAGCAACUCCACGACCUAGCGUCUGAAACCCAGAUAUGUGUGUCUACUUGUAGUGAACCUGACGACCCAUCCAUGGCCGAAGUCCAAAGAAACGCGGUUUGCAAUUCCACCGGCAACGGCCCCCACGUUUGCGGCCAAUGCGGGACGACCUUCAGCCGCCUGCAUCACUUCCGCAGGCACCUAGCCAUGCACAUGUGCCAGGAAGCGAUCGACGAGGAACGCGGUGCAAAAGUCGAGGAGAAUGCGGAGCCACUGGACCACCAGCAACUCCACGACCUAGCGUCUGAAACCCAGAUAUGUGUGUCUACUUGUAGUGAACCUGACGACCCAUCCAUGGCCGAAGUCCAAAGAAACGCGGUUUACAAUUCCGCCGGCAACGGCCCCCACGUUUGCGGCCAAUGCGGGACGACCUUCAGCCGCCUGCAUCACUUCCGCAGGCACCUAGCCAUGCACAUGUGCCAGGAAGCGAUCGACGAGGAACGCGGUGCAACAGUCGAGGAGAAUGCGGAGCCACUGGACCACCAGCAACUCCACGACCUAGCGUCUGAAACCCAGAUAUGUGUGUCUACUUGUAGUGAACCUGACGACCCACCCAUGGCCGAAGUCCAAAGAAACGCGGUUUACAAUUCCGCCGGCAACGGCCCCCACGUUUGCGGCCAAUGCGCGACGACCUUCAGCCGCCUGCAUCACUUCCGCAGGCACCUAGCCAUGCACAUGUGCCAGGAAGCGAUCGACGAGGAACGCGGUGCAAAAGUCGAGGAGAAUGCGGAGCCACUGGACCACCAGCAACUCCACGACCUAGCGUCUGAAACCCAGAUAUGUGUGUCUACUUGUAGUGAACCUGACGACCCAUCCAUGGCCGAAGUCCAAAGAAACGCGGUUUACAAUUCCGCCGGCAACGGCCCCCACGUUUGCGGCCAAUGCGGGACGACCUUCAGCCGCCUGCAUCACUUCCGCAGGCACCUAGCCAUGCACAUGUGCCAGGAAGCGAUCGACGAGGAACGCGGUGCAACAGUCGAGGAGAAUGCGGAGCCACUGGACCACCAGCAACUCCACGACCUAGCGUCUGAAACCCAGAUAUGUGUGUCUACUUGUAGUGAACCUGACGACCCACCCAUGGCCGAAGUCCAAAGAAACGCGGUUUACAAUUCCGCCGGCAACGGCCCCCACGUUUGCGGCCAAUGCGCGACGACCUUCAGCCGCCUGCAUCACUUCCGCAGGCACCUAGCCAUGCACAUGUGCCAGGAAGCGAUCGACGAGGAACGCGGUGCAAAAGUCGAGGAGAAUGCGGAGCCACUGGACCACCAGCAACUCCACGACCUAGCGUCUGAAACCCAGAUAUGUGUGUCUACUUGUAGUGAACCUGACGACCCAUCCAUGGCCGAAGUCCAAAGAAACGCGGUUUACAAUUCCGCCGGCAACGGCCCCCACGUUUGCGGCCAAUGCGGGACGACCUUCAGCCGCCUGCAUCACUUCCGCAGGCACCUAGCCAUGCACAUGUGCCAGGAAGCGAUCGACGAGGAACGCGGUGCAACAGUCGAGGAGAAUGCGGAGCCACUGGACCACCAGCAACUCCACGACCUAGCGUCUGAAACCCAGAUAUGUGUGUCUACUUGUAGUGAACCUGACGACCCACCCAUGGCCGAAGUCCAAAGAAACGCGGUUUACAAUUCCGCCGGCAACGGCCCCCACGUUUGCGCCCAAUGCGGGACGACCUUCAGCCGCCUGCAUCACUUCCGCAGGCACCUAGCCAUGCACAUGUGCCAGGAAGCGAUCGACGAGGAACGCGGUGCAAAAGUCGAGGAGAAUGCGGAGCCACUGGACCACCAGCAACUCCACGACCUAGCGUCUGAAACCCAGAUAUGUGUGUCUACUUGUAGUGAACCUGACGACCCAUCCAUGGCCGAAGUCCAAAGAAACGCGGUUUACAAUUCCGCCGGCAACGGCCCCCACGUUUGCGGCCAAUGCGCGACGACCUUCAACCGCCUGCAUCACUUCCGCAGGCACCUAGCCAUGCACCUGUACGAGGAAGCGAUCGACGAGGAACGCGGUGCAACAGUCGAGGAGAAUGCGGAACCACUGGACCACCAGCAACUCCACGACAAAGCUGCGAUCCUUGCAUACUUACCUGGUGCUGGGUUUGCGGUGAUCAUGGAGGCCGCGGCCCCGUGCGGAGGCCACUCCAUUGCACUGCGGUUGGCUGAAGCACGCCACUUCCCCAAGUCGGGGUAG